ACCUUUUUUGAGUGCCAGGAACAGAGAGGAGAUGAGAGGUGUUAGACCCGGAGGAAUUGAGAGGGUGAUAAAAUAAAUAACAAAACAAAGGAUUUAAUUGUGCGCUUUCCUUAUUUUAUGGCUCCAUUACCAAAUUUAAUAACUGGACGUUGUCUUUUACGGAGAUGAGUAGGCUAUUAUGUUUCUUCGAAGUUUGCUUUUAGCCUCAGAACGUUAACGAAGUUCUGUCCCGAAGUUUAUGGUAGCUGUUAGCUAACGUUAGCUUGGUCCACCGUUAGUCCACGGUACCGCCCCGGUGUAUCUUUCAACAUCCAGGGGCCCGGUUGUCUUCCCUCUCACGCGGCCACGCUUAAGAAUAUGGUGUCGUGGAUGAUCUCAAGAACCGUUGUGCUGGUCUUUGGCACCCUGUAUCCGGCCUACUACUCUUACAAAGCAGUGAAGACCAAAAACGUCAAGGAAUAUGUGCGCUGGAUGAUGUACUGGAUCGUGUUCGCUCUCUACACCGUGGUAGAGACCAUUACAGACCUCACACUAGCCUGGUUUCCUCUUUAUUAUGAGAUCAAGAUAGCGUUUGUUAUCUGGCUGCUGUCCCCCUACACACGAGGAGCCAGCCUCAUCUACAGGAAGUGUCUGCACCCUCUCCUGUCCUCCAGAGAACAGGAGAUAGAUGACUACAUCGUCCAGGCCAAAGAGCGGAGCUACGAGACCAUGGUGAACUUCGGCAAGCAGGGCCUAAGUAUAGCAGCGACCGCAGCCGUCUCCGCAGCUGUCAAGGGACAGGGGGCCAUCACAGAAAAGCUGAGGAGUUUCAGUAUGCACGACCUGACCCAGAUCCCCCACAACGAUGCUGUUGGCCAGCUGUACCCAGGCUACAGCAACCCUGCCACCGCCCGCAGGGCACAGAACGCCGACACAAUCGAUGGCGCAGAGUACUAUGAAUAUGAGCAGGAUGACAGGACAGACGAGGAGACGGAGCCCACGUUCUCCGAGGACGAGGCCGUGACACAGAGAGGCCUGAGGCGUUCCCAGAGUGUCAAGAUCACGCGUUCCAAAGGCCGCAAGGACGUGCGAUAUGGAUCUCUGAAGAUCAAGGGCAAGAAGAGGCCUUUGUUGAGCUCUGUAAACUACGGAAUAUGACUUAGACCGGAAGUAGGAAGUGACUACUCACACAACAGAGCAUGAUGUCAUCAGAAAGGGACACUUGUUUUUUCUGAUGUUUAUACAUGUGUUUAAGGGUUUUCUUUUCAUGCUGUAAGCAAACUCAUUUUUAAAUUAACAAUUGAAAAUGUAACAUAUUUAUUACCUAAGUCUUACUCUGUAUGGACACAUGUGUGCAGCCUCAUUGUCAAAACUACAGCUGUUUUUCAAACCAAUGCUAAGGAUUUUGUUGGUGUUAGUAUUAACAGUUUAUCCCAAAAUCUAAAAUACACAUUCUUCCUCUGUAGUGCUAUUUAUCUGGAUUGUUUUGGUGUGAGUUUGGGAGAAUGUUUUAUGGGGCACUUUGACCACCAGACAUUCAAAACUGAGCAACUCAUACAAAAACAAACUACUCAAAAUCUAGAUUAAUAAAUACCACAAUCGGUAAGAGGACAAAAUGUAUUUUAGAUUUUCGGGUGAACUGUACAUUUCUUUUUCUGGAUAUGCAAUUUUAGACACAAGUAUGUUAGAGUGGAGCUUCCGCAUUUCUUUUAGUGAGUAAUGUUUAAUGAGUAGCAGCAGUUUGCCUUUCUCCUAUGUUUUGGUGUGAGUAUAUAUUUUAUUGCUGCUUGUAUGACAUGCUGCCUUUUAGAGACAUUAGUCAUACAUCCUAAUAAUGAAAACUGACACAUGAAACCAUAGUUACCACAUCAGACCAAAAGUGUCCUUUAUUCCUUGUAAAAAAAAUAAAGCAAUAAUAUACCAAUGAUGAGCAUGAAAGGGAGUAGAGAACCACGAGAGGGUGAGUGAGCUUGUGUUAGAUGUUUAGGUGUGUUUGUAUUGACAACCUGCCACAGGCCAAUUCUGCUUUUUUUGGAGACACUUAACAAAACCAAGUGACUAUGUAAAUUACCACCCACUGCACAUUCUUCUUCCAAAUGUUUUAAUGUGUGUCAUCUCAUUCUAGAAUGUAAUACCCAUUUUUGGGGACCUUUUAAAAUGCUCACAUGGAAGCGAGACUAAUACCAAAGCUUUAUCUACUUAACCAGCCUUGUCUGGGGUUCAUCUGUGUGUGGGUAUGAAUGAUGUGGGUGGGGUUGUAUUAUAUGUAAAUGCAAAACAUGAAUAAAAGUUUGUUGAGAAACUAAAA